CGUUAAACACGUCGACUCCUAUUCAGCGACCACACGAUGAUGAGCCAUGAACCAACACAGUAUCACACACACCACUCCUACUAGUUUGCCACUACUCGAUCGAUUCUCAAAUCCAAUUUCCAUGGCGAUGACUUCUUCGUCUUUCAAACCCAUUCUCCACAAACCCUUUUUAUCCCCAAAAUACUCUCAACUCAAUGCAAUUCCCCAUUUGGGUCCUCGUCUCUGGUACUCCUCCUCCUCCUCCUCCUCCGCCCCCGCCAUUCGUGCUAGCUCCGCCUUUACUCUAAAACCGGAGUCGAACGUUGAGAAAAGUCAAACUUCCGAAUCCCCUGAGGUUUUUGCUUGCCCUGUAUGCUAUGAGCCUCUGAUAAGAAAAGGCCCUCCGGGUAUUAAUUUGGGGGCAAUAUAUAGGUCUGGGUUUAAAUGCAAGACAUGUGAGAAGACGUAUUCGAGCAAAGAUAUAUACUUGGACUUGACUGUAACUGCUGCGUUGAGGGACUAUACUGAGGUGAAACCAACAGGGACUGAGUUGUUCCGGAGUCCGCUGGUUUCAUUUUUAUAUGAAAGAGGGUGGCGUCAGAACUUCAACCAAAGCGGUUUUCCUGGUCCUGAUGAAGAGUUUAAAAUGGCCCAGGAAUACUUUAAAUCUGCUGAAGGCGGUCUUCUCGUAGAUGUUAGCUGUGGGAGUGGUUUAUUUUCUAGAAAGUUUGCAGAAUCAGGAACGUAUUCUGCUGUGAUUGCACUUGAUUUUUCUGAAAAUAUGCUGCGUCAAAGUUAUGAGUUUAUUAAGAGAGAUGGGAAGCUUUUAACCAGUAAUCUUGCGCUUGUGAGAGGAGAUGUUUCCAGGCUUCCCUUCCCAUCAGGUUCAGUUGAUGCCGUUCAUGCUGGUGCUGCUUUGCAUUGCUGGCCUUCUUCUUCAAAUGCUAUUGCUGAAAUAACUCGAAUAUUACGGAGUGGUGGGAUCUUUGUUGGAACCACAUUUUUGAGAUACACUUCAUCUACCCCUUUGAUAGUAAGGUCUCUCCGGGAGAGGGCACUCCAGCCAUACAACUAUUUAACAGAGGAAGAGAUUGAGGACUUAUGCACAUCAUGUGGUCUUACCAACUAUUCAAGCAAAGUACAGAAGUCUUUUAUCAUGUUUUCUGCUCAGAAACCUUGAUACACAGUACAUACAUACAAAGUACGAAUCCAAUUGAAUAUCAUUUCCAUUUCUCCAUAACCUGCCUUUGUUGUCAUAUUCCUCCAUUUAUUUGUUGUACAAUGUAAAAUCCUUUAUUUUAGAAACAUUUCAACCAAAAAAAUAAGUAUUAAAGUACUACAACAAAUACAAAAACCUGAAAAAGGUGAUGAACCUGGGGCAGAUGUAAAGUACUAAUAUUAAUUAAUCACAAUUAUGUUAUUUUAUUCACUGAAA